GUGUGGGAGAACCGCUAGCAGGUCGGCGGGGAACAACAGGGAAGAACGGAUCUGUUCGGGGCUGAUUGCGCCCUGACAAUCGAACGGAGCUGGUGUCCUUAACCCUCUCCUCCCUCAUCCCCAACACCAUUAAGCGUCAUUACGAUCGUUUCCGGCCAGCCAUGGAGCGGCCCUUGCCGUUGCUGCUUUCGCGCUUGUUAGUCAAUAACCAGUCAUUUGAAGUCACCUUAACCGAGUCGGUUUUGUCGUGGCAGCCGCCGUGUCCGAGGAAAGCCGGAGGAGCAGGGAGCCAUUCUGUGCCUAUCUGUGAGAUUAUUGCUGUUCGUGAAACUGAAGAAGAUGGAGUUAGUAAAGAAAGUGGAAGAUGGCAGAAGAUGCCCUCAUUUUCCACUGAGCUAACUUUGCAUGCGUUCACAGUAUAUUAUGUGCAGAGAUCAAAAGGGCACCAUUGGAGGUGUAGUGAAGUGACCUUUUACUGCAGUGAUCACCUACUCUAUAACCAGUGGGUACAAACAAUUAAGGAACAGUUGGAUUUACAAGCUCUGCGACCAAAACACUUAAUUGUAUUCAUUAAUCCUUUCGGAGGGAAACGAUUGGGAAAGCAAAUAUAUGAUGAUAAAGUAGCCCCUCUGUUUCAGUUAGCUUGCAUUACUGCAGAGGUGAUUGUAACUGAACGUGCUAAUCAUGCCAGGGAUCAUUUGUUAGAAGCUGAUCUGGAGAAGUACGAUGGGAUUGUUUCUGUUGGCGGAGAUGGGAUGUUCAGUGAGGUAAUGCAUGGUCUGAUUAGUCGGACACAGAAGAAUUCGAGUAUUGAUGAAAAUGAUCCCAGUGCCGAAUUAAUUCCAUGUGAUUUGAGGAUUGGAAUUAUCCCAGCAGGUUCAACCGACUGCAUAUGCUAUGCAACAGUUGGAGCAAAUGAUCCAAUGACGUCUGCCUUGCACAUUAUUCUAGGUGACUCUCAACCCAUCGACGUUAGUUCAGUUCAUCAUAAAAACACAUUUUUGAAGUAUUCAGUAUCUCUAUUGGGAUAUGGAUUUUAUGGUGAUACCCUGAUCGACAGUGAAAAGAACCGUUGGAUGGGUCCAUCGAGAUAUGAUUUUUCUGGUUUCAAGACCUUCCUUUCACACCACUGCUAUGAGGGAGCAAUUUCUUUUUUACCAGCAACUGAAACACCUGGCAGUCCAAGAGAUCCAAGUCCAUGUACAGCUGGGUGUCAAAUCUGCAAAUACAGUGGACAACAAUUGAGAAUAUCACCAGAAGAAAGGACAUUCAAAUUUGUUGAUGAAGAGCAAGAACAGUGGAAAGUGAUCAAAGGAAAGUUCCUGGCCAUAAAUUCAGCAAAUAUGAGUUGUGCGUGCCCAAAGUCUCCCAAGGGUCUUUCACCAGCAGCACACUUGGCUGAUGGAACCAUUGACCUUAUUUUAGUCCGCAAGUGUUCAAGACUCAGUUUCCUGAGGCAUCUUAUCAGGCAUACAAACAACAGUGACCAGUUUGACCUUGCAUUUGUUGAGGUUUAUCGAGUGAAGAAAUUCAAGUUCACACCAAAGUAUUGUGAUGAGGAGGAUAGUAAUAUCCAGGAUGUUGUUAAAAAUCUCUUUGGCCAGAUCUGUAGGGAUCAUCCCAGCUGCAGCUGUGCACAGCUUCAGAGCAGUUGGAAUUGUGAUGGUGAGAUAAUUGAGCACACAGCCAUUGAAGUGAGGGUUCACUGCCAGCUGUUGAGGCUUUUUGUAAGAGGAAUAGAAGAACUUUCUGUGCAACAAGAUGUUAGAAAUUCAUUUGCAGUUUAAGCAGAUUCCAAGCUAUCUCAGGACUCCUUAAACGAUUUAUGUCAAAGUUUAAAAUAGAUUAUUUAAGUUUUUAAAUUUACUGUGUAAUCUUGUGAUUCUGAAUUACUUUGCAUUACAGUAAUAUUUAUUACACAAAGUGUAAGCAUUAGAAGCAACAGAAAAAAACAAAUUUAAUGUGUAGUUUUAAGGUUUCAACUUGUCAAUUUUUAAUUUAAGACUUCCAUUUCAAGGGGAGAAUUUAAAUUUAAGCUACAGUAUUUCAGGUUAAAAAAGAUAGAUUAACAAUGUCAUUGCUCUGUUGCAUGACACUGGUUUGAAAAUUAGCAGACUUUUUAAAAAUGUAUAAUUAGAAAGUGGCACAGAGUUUAAAAGCAAGCCACUCAAUCAUCUGCCUCAUUUUAAUUGGAGUAUGUGUCAGUACUGAGUUACUGACUGCUAUUAAAAUUUAGACUGCAGAUUUCAUAUUUUGUUUUUCUGACAAAGGAUCCAAAUUGCUUUUGUAACUACAUUCUUUGAACUGAGCUAAAUUUGUUUUUCAUUUUACUGCACCUUGCAACUUAUCAAUGCAAUCUGAUUGUACUUUCUAAGCAAUUAUACAAAGUUUCUAUAGUUUGAGAACAAUUCUUUAUUUUAGUAACUAUUAAUAGAGAGAAAUAUAUAAACAUUGAAUUGUUAAGUGUUUGAGUUUGUACAUAAAUAGAAAUAUAUAUUUAUUGUUGUAGUACAUGAAGCUAGCCUUUGCUUAGCUUAGUAUGUGUUCACUAUGUGAAUCCUAUGUAGGUAGUAGUGUAAAUGCACCAGUAGAUUAUAUCUAACUGAACUACAGAAGGUAGCACUGUACUCACCAUUUUUCUUCUGUAUUUUACAUUCCUCUUGUAAGAAUGUUCAGUACUUCUGUACAGCUGCACGGAGUUGGUUCCUGCAGUAUAGAUCUUUGUUUCUUGAACCAAGUAUUAAUGUUUUGUUUUAUUUGACUUCCAUUCAUUUCAAAAAUAUUUGUCCAGGUUGUUUUUGGUGUGUUUGUGAAUAUGUGGUUCCUUGUAUUCUCUUUGGCAUCCAUUUAAAUUGUACAAAGCUAAUGUAAAUAAUUGGUUAGGAUGUCAUCCACACUGUCUUUGUAAAGUGUGAUUUGUUUUCAAUGCUUGUCCCACAUAGCUUUCCCUGAUUUGUUGAUGUAAACAGUUCAAAAAUGCUCUCAGUUCCUGAAUGUGAAACUAUUUUUUCCAGUAAUUAAUUCAUCAAGCCAUUUUUGAUGAUCUGCUUAGAUUCCAGGCCAAAUAACUUUGGUAAAAUUGUCCCUUGUGGGGUGGUGUUGGGGGGAAACUAUUUAAAUAGUUUGCUAGUGAGGAAUUGGUGAGACAAAAUGCCCUAGAUGGAAAAAAUUAAAGUGAAACUAUUUGCCUGAUUUAAUUUGGUUCACUCUUUGCUCUCACCUUACUCCACCUCCCCCCUCUCCCCCGCCCCACCUCACUUACCCUGGUCAUUCAUGUUAUUACCAAUUUUGAAGCAUUGCUGGAUGCAAAUUAGCUGCUGUGUCUACCUACAUAACGUUUUAAAAGUAAUUAAUUAGUUUAUGAACCGCUUUAGAACAUAUUGAGGACUGAAAGAUCUUGCAGCUUGAUGCUGUGUUCCACUUCCUCAGCAAUUUCAUAACUGGUGUUGGAUGCUGCUUUGAAACAUUUUAGUUUGCUGAGUUGUCUUUUACUCAGUUAACGUAUAAAAGCACUGAAUUUUGCUCUACUAUCUUGCCCUAAAUCAAACAUGGAAAAUUGAUCUAUGAGGUCUCUUGCUGCCUUCUCCCUGCCCGACCUUAAUUUUUCUCCUGUUCCUUUCACAUCUGCCUGCAAAUGCCAGCAAGAGACAGGAUCUAGAUUCAUGGCCCAUUUGCUUCAAGUUUGAUUUUGCUGUCAUUCCCUGGGACCACCAAAAAAAAAACUUAUUGAUAGUCUUUGGGGGUAUGAAUGACCUUGAGGUUGUUUGGUGGAGGGAGAAUGCAUAGUAGCUGUCUUUGCUCCUUUUACUUCACCUGUUGAAGGCCUUGGCCUUGGCUGAAGUAUUGGCAUAAAAUUUAAUGCUCAUUUUUAGGUUUAUUCUGCCUUUUUUUAAAUAGUCCUCAACUGGUACUUCAGCAGCAACCCUAUUGCACUGAUGACAGAAUUAUCUGCUGUUGCAGUGUAGAGCCCUUACUUGCAGGCAGAGAUGCCGCCCAAGCCUAACCUGUAUACAGAAGGAUGGGUUGUGGCUGAGCAUCCCUGGUGAAGUCCCACUCCCACCCUCUAAGAGCAGGAAGUGGAGUGUUAGGGACAUAUUCUCAGUAAAAAGUGUUAAACUUCCAUAGUUGAUUUUCAUGCAAAGAUAUAAAGUAUUCGAUUGUUUUCAUUAUUUUACUAUAUUUGAAUUAUCUAUUCCUAAUAAAUACACAUCUAAUUAGCCAACAAUUCAGUGUAUCAGGUUUUCCAAUUAGAGUUUGUGAAAACUCCCAAUUUAAAAAGAUCAGAACCCCAUUUAAUUAUUUAUUCAGUAGCUGAAAUCAAACAAUGCAACAAAAAACUGAGCAGGUGAUGUAUGUUAAUCUUCCAAAAUCUUUGCUACUCAGUUAUUUUUAAACAGAUUUAAUCAGUUUUUUCAUUCAUUAAACACUUGAAUUCUU